AUGGGCGACGCGAUGGGCGACGACGCGGUCGUCGUGCUCGUGGCGACGAGCAGGGACGAUCGCGAAUCGUAUCUAGACCGCGCGGCGCACGACGCGCUCGCGACGACGACGACGAAGGCGCGCGAUGACGACGACGACGACGACGAAGGCGCGAUGCGAAGGAUGAACGCGACGGACGACGCGAAGAGGAUCUUUAUGGCGACGCGAAAGCGCGAACGACAGCGAGAGUGCGCGCAAGUGGGUGGUUUAUUGACGCGCGCGUGCCUGAACGCGCUCGAACGGCGAAACGGUGCGACGACGGCGUCGUGGGGACAAUUCCUGAGGAGCAAACAGCGAGCGAUGCAACGACUGCCGCCGGGAACGUCGAGCGGGAUACGAGUGCGCGCGACGCGGUGCAUCGCGAUCGAACACGAAAGGAUGACGUUCUCGAAAACGAUGCGAAACGUGGGUAGGCGAAGAGGGGUGUUUGUGGGGAUAAAUUACGAGGAGUGCGGCGUCGAGCGGUGGCGGUUGCGAAGACGCGGGGGCGACGCGUUGCGAAUGCGCGAAUAUUUAAAGACGCACUGUGGGUACGACGAGGACGACGAAGUGCUGGUGCUGUUGGAAGAUAGCGAAGCGAGUACGAACGAUGGAUCCAUCAAUCGCUCGUGCUCGAAGAAGGCGAUUUUGAAAGCGUGUCGAUGGCUCGUCGACGGCGCGCGCGCGGGGGAUUCGCUGUUCUUUUACUUUAGCGGACGCGGGCAAGAAGUGAGCGAGACGGCGACGACGACGACGACCAAGGAUAGCGUCGCCGGAGGUGGCGCGUACAAGGGUUUGAAUAAAACCGCGCUGUGCGCGUCGGACACGCCGGGCGACCCCACGGCCAGGAUCACGCGCCAAGAGUUUCGAGAGGCGUUGCGCGUCGACGCGGUCCCGUCAAACGUCCACCUCACCGUGUUUUUGGACAUUUACGGCGGCGGUGGCGAGAACGCGCUGCAUGACAUGCCGUACACGUGUGUGAACGUAACGCUUCCGGACGAGCGCGAAAUCAAAGACGCAAAGAAUGGUAAACGGGUGUCCCCGGUGACGCCGCUCUGGAUGGUGCCGAACGGUGAAAAAGCCGUGAAGGAGUUCCUGGCGCUCGCCGAAACCGCGGCGGAAGCUUACGCGGAGUGCGCUGAGACGAACAAGGCGUAUGACGCCAUAAAGCGCGAUGCGCCGCAAGAAAAGCUACCGCAAGAAAAGCCUGCGGUCGAGGCGAACGCCGAACCAAAGCCAAAGCCAAAGAAACCGUCGCCGCCGAUGGGAGAGCCGAAUCCGGAACGCGCCGUUGCGGAAGCGGAAGAGGCCCCUGUGCCGGAGACGCACGCGAACGAGAAGUCGAGCGUCGUCCCGGCCCCGGCGGCGGUGAUCGAGCGAAACGCGCGAGAGGAACGCGCGGAAAUGCAACCGCGCUCGCCGCAGUCAAUCGACGAGUCAAAACAGCCGGGCUGUUGCGUGAUAAGUUGA